AUGGCAAGAGGUACAUAUGUGAUGAAGGUGACGGCGACAGAUGCAGACGACCCUACAUACGGCAACAGUGCUAGGGUGGUGUACAGCAUACUUCACGGCCAGCCGUACUUCUCAGUGGAUGCCAAAACAGGAGUCAUCAGGACAGCUCUACCCAACAUGGACCGGGAGGUGAAGGAACUGUAUCAGGUCCUCAUCCAGGCCAAAGACAUGGGCGGACAGUUAGGGGGUCUGGCAGGGACCACCACCAUCAACAUCACCCUGAGUGACGUCAACGACAACCCACCCAGGUUCUCCAAAACUUGCAACCUUAAUAUCAAUGUACCUCUUGGCCUCAAAAAGCCAAACAGUGUCGUCUCUCCGUUGGACUAUGAGACCAAAAAAGCAUAUACAUUUAAAGUGGAGGCCUCCAAUGCACACCUGGAUCCACGGUUCCACAAUUUUGGCCCGUUCAAAGACACAGCAACAGUGAAAAUAAACGUUCUGGAUGUGGAUGAGCCUCCCGUCUUCAGCAAACCCUCCUACGCGAUGGAUGUUUAUGAGGACACGCCACAAGGCACCAUCAUAGGAGCUGUGACAGCACAGGAUCUCGAUGCAGGAAACAGUCCAGUCAGGUAUUCCAUCGACUGGAAGAGUGACCUGGACAGCUUCUUCGACAUCGAUCCUGUCAGAGGAACCAUCUCCACCAAUGAGCUUCUGGACAGGGAGAGUAUAGCCCAGCACAACAUUUCAGUUGUGGCCACUAAAGUUAAUAACCCAGUGCUGACCAGUAGAGUGGCCGUCACAGUUCAUGUGCUGGACAUUAAUGAGUUUCCACCAGAGCUGGCCAUGCCUUACGAGACCUUCGUGUGUGAGAGCGCCAAAGUCGGGCAGGUGAUUCAGGUCAUCAGUGCAAGAGACCAGGAUCUCCCUCAAGCCGGACAAAGAUUUUUCUUCAAAUCCCCUCAAGAGGGAGUGAAGACCAAAAACUUCACCAUCAGAGACUUUGGAAAUAACACUGCCGGAGUCGUGACCUUGCGUGGUGGCUUCAAACGGCGCUCUCAGGAGAUCUACCACCUUCCUGUGGUGAUUGAAGACGGUGGCCUCCAGACUUUGAGCAGCACCGGCACCCUCACCAUCCGUGUGUGCGGCUGUGACACCGAUGGAUCUUUAUUAACGUGCAGCGCUGAAGCCAUUUUCCUCCCUGUGGGCCUCAGUACUGGAGCCCUGAUCGCUAUUCUGGUGUGCAUCGUCAUACUGCUAGUGAUUGUGGUCCUCUACGUUGGGGUUCGGCGGCAGAAGAAGAAAGAGACUCUCAUGACGUCCAAAGAGGACAUCCGUGACAACGUCAUCCAUUACGACGAUGAAGGUGGGGGCGAGGAGGAUACGCACGCCUUCGACAUGGGCACCCUCCGCAACCCCAAAGUCAUCAAGGAAAAUAUGUUUCGCCGAGAUGUUAAGCCAGAGUUGGGUUUGUGUGCACGGCGGCCAGUAGCCUCGCAAAACAGCGCAGACAUCAGCAACUUCAUCAGUCUGCGAUUGCAAGAACAUGAUGGUGACACUUCCGCCCCGCCGUACGACUCGCUGGCCACGUAUGCCUACGAGGGCGAGGGCUCGGUGGCCGAGAGUUUAAGCUCUAUAGAGUCUGUAAAGGGUGAAACAGAGGAGGACUACGAUUACCUCAACGAGUGGGGGCCUCGCUUCAAAACCCUCGCAGGGAUAUUCGAAGAACGAUCAGAGAGCCAAUCAGACGUAACAUCCAGCACCACCACUGAAAACAAACACUGA